AUGAACUCGAACGAGCUGGUCCACUACCUCGCCGACAAGCCUCCCUCGGUCGUCAGGCUCGAGAUUGAGAAGCACUUUGAGGUUUUGAACGAUAAGCAGAGACGUUAUGCUCACUUUAUCAGCAAAGCUGCUUUCGCCGGCACCAGGAUUGUCCUUCGACAGAUCUCCCCAGAGUCCGAGCCUAUCUUUGACUUGAUCCUGUCUCUGCACAAGUCUGCCAAUGGCGAUUGGAAUGCACUGGCCAAGAAGGCCGGCGUUGACGAAGAAGAGGCCACCCGCUUCCUCGAGUAUGCCGCCAUGUUCCUCGGCAACAAUGGCAACUACAAGAGCUUUGGUGACUCCAAGUUUAUUCCUCGCUGCUCCGAGAAGACUGUUGCUGCCCUGGCUGCCACUUCUCCCGAAGCCAACAAGUUUUACGAGGCCACAAAGGGUGGCAUCUUCAGCUCCGACAACCCUGCCAUGAUGCACCUGGGCUACCCAGAUGAUGGCCACAUGACUACUUAUUAUCCUGAUUCUUCCCACAUCACCAAGGAUGAUAUCAAGGCCGUCUCUGACUGGAUGGAGUCCAAGGGUCUUCUCCCCGAAAACAACCGUCUUCGAAAGACCUCUGACGGCAACUUUGAGAUUUUGAUCGCCUCGGCUGUCAAAGAAAUCCCUAGCAAGGGAGGUGAUAUUGGCAAGCAGACCGAGUUCACUGUGGAAGACGGAUCUCUCAAGGGCAAGACUAUCAAGUUAGUCUACGGCGAUUACGCAGAGGAGAUGAAGAACAUCACUGCCUUCAUCAAUGGCGCCGCCGAGAACGCCGAGAACGACACCCAGAAGAAGAUGCACGAGGCUUACAGCAAGUCUUUCGAGUCCGGUUCUCUGGAGGAUUUCAAGGACAGCCAAAGAUACUGGAUCAAGGACAAGGGUCCUAUGAUUGAGUCCAACAUUGGUUUCAUUGAGACUUACCGAGACCCUGCUGGUAUCCGAGGAGAGUGGGAAGGUUUUGCCUCCAUUGAGCGAACUCGUGCUUUUGGUGAGCUUGUGGAAAAGGCACCCAAGCUUAUCCCCCUUUUGCCUUGGGGCUCUGAGUUUGAGAAGGACAAGUUCUUAUCUCCUGACUUUACCUCUCUUGAGGUUAUGACCUUUGCUGGCUCCGGUAUUCCUGCUGGUAUCAACAUCCCCAACUACGAUGAUAUCCGUCAAACCGAGGGUUUCAAGAACGUGUCACUUGGGAAUGUUCUGAGUGCCAAGGCGCCUGAUGAGAAGAUACCUUUCAUCCGUGAUGAGGAUCUUGAGGUGUACAAGAAGCAGCGCGAUGCUUCUUUUGAGGUCCAGGUCGGUCUUCACGAGCUUACCGGUCACGGCUGCGGUAAGCUUCUCCAGGAGACAUCACCAGGUACCUUCAACUUUGACAAGGAGAACCCCCCUGUCAGCCCUGUUGACAGCAAGCCCAUCACAACUUGGUACAAGCCCGGUCAGACAUGGGGCUCGGUGUUCGGUAGCAUAGCUGCCUCGUACGAGGAAUGCCGUGCCGAACUUGUUGCCAUGCACCUGAGCUGCGAAUUCCCCGUCCUCAAGAUCUUUGGCUUUGGUGAUGGUUCUGAAGACAUCAACGGUGAGGCUGGCGACGUCUUGUUCGCCUCCUAUUUGUCCAUGGCCCGGGCAGGACUGGCUUCACUUGAGAUGUGGGACCCCAAGAGCCAAAAAUGGGGACAGGCUCACAGCCAGGCCCGCUUCUCUAUUCUCAAGUGCUUCCUCGAGGCUGAGGACGAUUUCUGCAAGCUUGACUACAAGCAGGACGACCUUUCUGACUUGACUAUCAAGCUUGAUCGCUCCAAGAUUCUCACGGCUGGUCGAGAUGCCGUUGCCAAAUAUCUCCAGAAGCUUCACAUCUACAAGUCGACUGCUGAUGUCAAGACUGGUACCGAUUUCUACGUCCACAUGACAACUGUUGACCCCGACUUCUGGGGCAAGAAGAUUCGCGACAUUGUUCUGAAGAACAAGCAGCCUCGUAAGGUCUUUGUCCAGGCCAAUACAUCGUUGGAUGAGUCAUCUGGAAAAGUUUCCAUCAAGCACUACGAAGCCUCGUUGACUGGCAUGGUCCAGAGUUGGGUGGAUCGCGGCCUGUAA